UUGUAAUACAUCUCUGACGUGGAAACAUUAAUUUCAAAAUAAUUAAAAAUAGAAGCGUGCACUACAUGAUUAAUAAGGAAGGCAGGGACAGGCUUGAUGGGUCGAGCCAUCACUACAUAUGCAAAACUCCUUCCUCGGAAUGCGUUAGCCUGGUUUCUUUUUUUUAAGUAACCACCAUGGCUACCUCCUUUUUUGCCAUACAGAUUAGGUAAAUUCAAUUGGAGGGCCCAUUUUGUUGAAGGGUGUUUUUGGAAGGGACCACACAAUCAUUACUGGGCCCGAAAUCAAAGCAAGAUUUCCUUGCCCCACGCUUCCCUUCUUUAUUGUUUCUUUCCUUAUCAACGCAGCUCCCAAUGCCCUUUUCCCUUUUCCUUUUUGCAGAGAGCAGAAGCUUCUCUUUCCGCCGUGAUUUCUCUCCGGCGUUGUAUUCUCUAUCCGCCGCCGCAUUCUCUCUCUGGCGUCGCGGCGCCGAGUCUUCUUCCGUCUUUACCAUUGCUCCCUCGCGCAAACAGAGAAGCCUUUUCUGGACCGUCGCCGCCGUCAUUCCUUUCUGGCGAGGGUUGUCGGCGACUGGUUCUUUAUUUGUUGGUGGGUAAACUAGCGUUUUCGGCGUCUCCCUACGCUGUUUACAGUUCCUGUUCGUUCCACUCCGACGGCGCACCAACGACAUUCAUCUUAGCUCCUCCGGUGUACCCGUUUCGUUUCCCAUCGCAGGCGAAAGAAACUUGACCGUUUCAUUUUAGCUCUUCCGGCAUCCAUUCCCGUUGUCAGAACGUCUCCCGCCAAAACUCUAAUCUUCAAUUUUAAACGUAUCGUGGAUUUGGUUUUGUUUGCUUUGGUAUUCUUCUUGUUUUUGUAUCGUUUUUGGUAGUGAUUUAGUUUUUGGUUGUUCGGAUUGGUAGGUUCUAGUGCAUUGGUAGUGAUAUACAUACUUGUGAAUCUGUGAUGUGUGGUGUGGAAUGGUAAUGUUUUGUUAGAAUAGUAGUUUUCAGGUUGUCGAAUGGUAGUUUCCACCUGUCUGUGAAACCGUGCUUUUUGAUGUGGAAUGGUAGUGUUAUGUUGGAAUGGUAGUUUUUUUGCUGUUUUGAAUUGUAGUGUUAUGUUGGAAUGAUAGUUUUUUUGUUGUUUUCUUUCAUGCAUUGGUAGUUUUCUGCAUACAUGUGAAACCGUGCUUUUUUAUGUGGAUUGAUACUGUUCUGUUCGAAUGGUAGUUUUUUAGUUUUUUUGAAUGGUAGUUUUCUCCAUACAUGUGAAUCUGGUGUUUGAUGUGGAUUGGUAGUCUUCAUUUGGAUUGGUAGUUUUUUUACUGUUUUGAAUUGUAGGGUUAUGUUGGAAUGGUAGUUUUUUGCUGUUUUCUUUCAUGCAUUGGUAGUUUUCUGCAUACAUGUGAAACCGUGCUUUUUGAUGUGAAUUGGUACUGUUCUGUUUGAAUGGUAGUUUUUUAGUUAUUUUGAAUGGUAGUUUCCUUUCAUGCAUUGGUAGUUUUCUCCAUACAUGUGAAUCUGGUGUUUGAUGUGGAUUGGUAGUCUUCAUUUGGAUUGGUAGUUUUUUUUCCAUGCAACGGUUGUGAUGCUUGAUUAAUGUUAAAUGACUUACCUCCCAUUUUCCCAAUUUUAGGAAUGGCAAGAACCAAGAACCCCAGUCAUAGGGGCUCAAAACACAAGGAACCUGUUACCUACAACAGUCAUCAGGUUCAAGUUGGAAGUGGGCAAACCUCUGCCCUGAUGAAGCUGUGCCGCAGAAGGAUAUGGGUAAAUCUAAACCACCUGGGAAGAAGUGCAGCCCCACAUCGAUUAUAUCAAUUGUCGAGAAUGGUAUAACAAAUGCAAGGAUAGAACUAAUAAAGAAGCUCAGAUUGGAUUUUGUUUUCCAUUUGAAGAUGAAAAGGUUUGACAGCGAGCUGCUUAUCUGGUUGAUUGACCAUUUCAAUGGGGACAGCAUGUCGAUUCAGAUGGCUGAUGGGCGUCACCUAGUCCUUACAGUUGAUGAUGUGCAACGGGUUUAUGGCCUUCCUCGUGGUCAAAAGCAGGUACCCAAUGUCAACAUUAAUAAGUGCAAGACACUGCCGGGACAGCUGUUGCAGAUUGAUUCAAACGAGAAGGGUUGGAACAACCUCUGGAUCCGGAUGUUUGUAAUGUUGGUGUUUGGAUAUUUGUUGGAACCUACAAGUUCGACAAUUGGUCCAAUAUCAGUGUUGGCAUUCCUUCAAGACAACAGUUUCAGCAUAUUCUCUGAGUAUGACUGGUGUACGUAUGUUUGGAAGAAGCUGAAGAAGUGUCGUAUGGGCAGUAAGAUAGCGUCCUAUGCCAAUGGGGAUCUGCACCUCCUGACAUGUUGGUUCCUGGACCGGACAUCUGAAACCCUCAACAUCACCACCGACCUGCCAUCGUGCAAGCAUUAUGACCAUACUGAGGUGUACCAGAGGAGAGUUGGAAUAUUGGAAAAGCAUAUGGCUUUAGAUCGUGUGCCAUACAUCCACAUCGGCACUGAGCCCAGGAAGAGGAAUCCCUCAGACUCUAUUGUGAGGUUGAUAGAAGCUAGGAAAAAGAAGGCCAAAGUUAGUGAAACUGGAACUUCAUAUAUAGCCCCUACAUUCAUUCCUGCAUUCAGUGAAGGCCAAAGCGUUCUUACCUAUGCCCGCCGCGUUCUUGAGCAGGGGAGGCCGGAGGGAGAGGCGCGCCGGCUGAGGAGGAGCGGAGGCCGGAGAGGAGCAACGGAGCGGCAGAGGAGCGGCGGAGAGGAGCAGUGGAGCAGAUCAGGGAUUGCGGUGGGUUGCCUCGCCGCCGGUCGAUGGUCACGGGCUCGGCGGUUCCUGGUCGCCUGAGGAGAACUGGAGAAGAGGAGCGACGGGGGUACCUACUACCUUGACCGUUAAGUGCGAACGUGGCAGACGGAAUCACCUAGUCACCUUUUCUUAACCUGAAAAAAUAAAAUUGAAAUCCGCCACAUCAUAAAAACCAGCCACAUCAUGGAAACCUAACCUAACCAUGGUCACCCAUUAACCCGUGACCCAACCCCUCCUCGGAUCCGGCUACUCCCAAAUCUACGCCUCCAUCUACCCCGGCUCCGACGCUUCCCACCUCUUCAAACUCCCAGGCUCUACCGGCCAUCGACUGAAGAUCUUCGAGGCUGACCUCCUCCACAAUCGUUGGUUGUCGCGGUCUCUUCCGCGUGGCUUCCCCUUGCUCCCUCGAAGACCCUGCCGAUCCCGAUAGCCAUCUUCUCUCCUCGCCUUCCAGGGCACCCUCAACGCCCUACAAGACGCCAUCGAUUCAAAUCUGGCACGCGUCGUCCUCACUUCGUCCAUCUCCAAGUUGGUUCCCAACCCAACACUUACCCUCCGAGAAUAUCUUCGUCGAGUCCUCCUGGACCGAUCUCGACUAUUGCAGGUCGCGAUAGUUCAACUGGCCUCCACAUUCAAUUAGUUCAAGCCAUGAGCCAUCCAUGACUGCGUUCAAUCAUUCCAAUCGGGCUUUUCUUUUUGGUUGCGGAAAUGGCAUCCGAUGUCGACGAUGAGGGAGAGAGCUGUGUGGGGGAUUUGCGAAGAAGAAUGAGAUCGAGAAAGAGGAACGGACUUGUGUUGGUGGAUUUGAGAAUGGCGCCUGUUGUGGAGGGUUAGGGAAGGGGGGUCGGGGUGGUUGUAGAGAUGAAUAAAGGAUUGGGAGAAGAGGUGUUGUUGUUGGCGGAGAGGCGGCUGGUGGUGGUGGCGAUAACGGUGGGGAGAGAAUUCCGGAAGAUGGAAAAAGAUGGUCGGGCAAAAUGUGGUUAGGUUGGGUCAUUGGUGACAUAGCAAUUUUUCUGACGUGGCGCGUCAUUUUUUAUUUAAAUUUGGGUACAUCAUCACUUUUGUUAGCCACGUCAGGAAAAAUCCUAAUGUUGUUAACGGAGAUUAAUGGAGAGUGAUCAAACAUGACAUGUUUUACCAAAACUAGUGACCACGAAUAGAAUUAAUAUUUUAGU